CCAUCGGUUCAGAUGCGCUUGCUGUCCUAUUCGAUUUUUACAAUUUAUAACGGUUUAAUUUUUGCUGGCAAUUGUUAAAUAGUUUCACAACACCAAUUGAUUUCUGGCUAGAGUGAAAAAACAGUGGCUUGCAUUCUGAAUCUACAAAGAACCGACCUUGAAAGCGAAAUGGAAUCUUCAUAAUGCUGGAGAGGUAGCGGCAUUGCAGCGAUCUGAUGAAAGAGAUGAUAGGUCUAGGUCCACAUAUUCAUAUAAAGUGUCCCAAAACGAUGGACAAUCAGAUGAAUCUGGAAAACAAACCUAAUAAACGUAAGAUUAUUAAAAUUGGAAAGUCCCUUCAACUAAUUAUAGAAAUUCCUGAUCUGCCAGAAAGUGCAAUGGCAAAGAGGUUUGAUCUCAGCAGCUUGCAUUUCAUGUCGCUUCAAGCGCUUGCUAUGAGGAGAUUCGCUGUACAAUUGUGCUGUCACCGCAAGAUGCUUGCGUAUGCUGUGCAAACCGAUUCAGCGGCGCGACGUCAAAAGGAACACGAAACAACGAUGUACGAUUUGUUAAAAGAUCUUUUAACUGAAGUUCCGCUUCCACCAUCGAUGAAACACGAGUUAUUCAGUUUAAUGAAAUCUGUUUCCAGAGAAAUAAUAAAAUGGUUGGACCUCCAUGAAGAUUAUUUAGGUCCGUGUAACUUAAACGAAAUGGAGAAUUUGAAACACCUGUGCUGGACAAGUUUGGGGAGUGUGGAUUAUCGGGAAACAGUUGCAGCACUCAUUCGCCACGAAAAGCUGGACCUGACACAACGUUACAAGCUGGCUUGUCUGUAUUGCUUAGAGGAGGAUAUCAGAGAGCUUUGGCGAAAGAUGCCCGAAAAAAGCAAAAAGUCCUACUAUGAUGUAAAAUCUGCGAUUCUCGAGCAGCCAGAUUUAGCCGUUAUUUGGACUUUCAUCAUAAAAGGAGAAGUAAAAAAAAUUCUUAGAUACCUUAAAGAAAACGGAAAAUUCAGCCCGUCCAUUAACCACCUAGGGUUCGAAUGUUCUGCAAUCCUCGGUUACAGAACAGCUGCUCAGUAUUUUUAUGAAAAGUUAAAGUCCGAAGAAAAAGAAGAAUUAUUGAUCAAAACCUCCAUGUCUGUAGCAAUGCAACGUUCAAAAGAUUAUUAUUUUUACAUGGAGGAACGCCAAGAAUCAGGCGACGUUUUGUUCUAUUUGAUGUCCGUGAUGCAGCUGUAUGAGCAGAAGAUCUUGUUUUCGCACUUCCCUUGUGAGACCUUGAAGUGCGUGCUGGAUUGGCCCAGGCAAGAUGCCUUUAUCGAGCUAGCAAAAUCCGAAUAUCCUUCAAUUUCAGUACGCGCUUAUUACCGCGUGCUUUUAAAUCUGUCCCGGAACAGUUCCUGGGGAUAUAACCAUUCGAAAUUAUUUCAGGAAUUUUUCCUGCUCGAUCAACUUGAUUUCAGUUUCGCGUUGGUUGCGUACAAUAUCAUUUUGCGAGAUUUUAUUCGAAGUGACGACAUAGAAACUGUCAAAUUUCUUUUCAGACAUCUGGACGCUCAAGGAAAAGAUGAACAUGUUUUGGUUUCUACAGGAAGUUUCAUUAACUACGAACUAAUGAAGGAGGGUAAGUGGGAAUUGAUGAAUCAAUUCAUCGAAGAUGUCAAACUGUCCGAAUCAGGCAGGCGGAGGAAUUUGAAGUUAUUCAGUGAAAAUCGCGGAUUAAAUCAUAAGGAAAGAAUCCUUAUAAUCAUAAAUGAGAGCAAUAGCUCUGUUCUUGGCAUUCUAGAAGAUAUUCAGGAUAACACUGAUCUUGAAAUUCAAGAAGAAGAAGAAAUAAUAGAACCGAAAGCUGUAAGAAAACGUUUAAUGCCUUUAAAAGCAGCAUACGAUAAGUGUAUUGAUUUUCUCUUCCGAUAAGUUCCAUGCAUGGGUAUUUUGUAAAGUGCAAUUAGUAUCAUUAUUGUGUGACAUCGCAAAGCAAAUAUUUUACCUUUUAAUGCGGUGAUUUUUAAAACUGCUUUCAAUUGAAAACUAAAACUUUGUUUUAAAAACAUUUUAUUUUGCCAAAAAAUUGAAUUUCAAUUUAUCUCUAGAAAUCAUGUUCUUUUAAUAUUUUAUUAGUUCUUUCUAAGUGUUCUUGCAUAAUAAAUUAUAAAAUGUGUGUCUACAUAUUUGAUGUUUGGUACUAGUUCGUGUAGAGAUGUUUACUAAUCUUGGUAUGAAUUAUUUUGAAAUUGUUGGUGUUAAAACUGUCAGAAAAAAUGUAUAUGUAGGAAAAUUUUGUAAAUACAAAUUGUAUCGUACUUGUGUAACAUCACACAGAAACUACAUUACUUUGUAACGCGGCUAUUUUUAAAACUGUUUUCAUGUGGAAACUGAAACUUUCUUCUAAUUUUUUUUUAUGCAGAAAAUGGAAUUUCAAUUUUUCUCUCAAAAUCAAGUCUUUUUAACAUUUUAUUUGUUCUUUCCAAGUGUUCUUGCAUAAAGCAUUACCAAAUGUGUGUCUACACAUUUGAUGUUUGUUGCAUGUUCAUUUACAGAUGUGUACUAAUCUUGGUAUGAAUUAUUUUGAAAUUGUUGGUGUUAAAACUGUCAGAAAAAAUGUAUAUGUAGGAAAAUUUUGUAAAUACAAAUUGUAUCGUACUUGUGUAACAUCACACAGAAACUACAUUACUUUGUAACGCGGCUAUUUUUAAAACUGUUUUCAUGUGAAAACUGAAACUUUCUUCUAAUUUUUUUUUAUGCAGAAAAUGGAAUUUCAAUUUUUCUCUCAAAAUCAAGUCUUUUUAACAUUUUAUUUGUUCUUUCCAAGUGUUCUUGCAUAAAGCAUUACCAAAUGUGUGUCUACACAUUUGAUGUUUGGUGAAUGUUCGUGUAUAGAUGUUCACUAAUCUUCGUAUGGAUUAUCUUGAAACUGUUGGUGUUAAGACUGUCAGAGAAAUUUUAUGUGGUAAUAAAAUUUGGUAA